GUCUAAAGAGAACUCCUGAAACUUCUGGAACAUUCAAUUCAGUUUCCCUGCAAACACAUAAAUAGCAGAAAACCUCCCCGCUUCUCUCAUCGUAAAACACUACUAAUCUCUUUAGCUAUCAGAAGAAUAUCAACAAAGUUAACAAUGGAAAGCCCAUUCUACGGAAGCUAUUGGUCCCAGCCGACUCGCCCUCGCUAUUCCUCAAACAUGAGAGGAAUACCCGUGCGGCCAAUACAUCAAAAUACUAUCGGUAUUAAGCCAGUUGUUCAGAUUCCGGUCCACUUCGUCGGUUCGGAUCCUGAGCGGCCCGUUUCAUCCUUGAAGACUCAGGAACCUAAGCCGGACCAGUCCGUAUUCGCCUUAAGGAUUCAGAAGGUAUUCAGAGGGUUUUUAGUGAGAAAAAGCUUGAAGAAAAUUAUAUCAAUAGGAAAAGAGGUGGACGAAAUUGAGCGCAAGAUUUUGUGCGGCGAAAUGGCGGAGUUGAUUCGGAGAGACGAAAGGGAGAGGUUGCGGGUAAAUGAGACGCUGAUGUCUCUGCUUUUGAAAUUGGAUUCCGUUCGUGGAGUUGAUUCCGGUGUUAGGGACUGCAGAAAGGCUGUGAUUAAAAAGGCAAUCUCUUUGCAAGAGAAAAUUGACUUUAUUGUUUCCGCAGGUAAUCAAAUUGCAGUCGAAGAGGAGAAUAAAUACAACGAUUCCGAUGAAGUCCCUAGAUUGGUCAAUCAGACCGAAGACAUCCCCCAUUCUACAGGAGAUCAGGACGAAAAUGAAAAAUCGACAUGUCAGAGUGAAGUUUCUGAUCUAUUGGAGCAGAGUGUGGAAGCAGAAAAUCAAGCAGCAUUGAAUUGUAGGAAGAAAGAUGAGAAAACACAAGUAGAGGGCGAAUGCGAUGCAGAGAAGUCUGAUGAGUUGCCGGAGGUAAGUGUGGAAAGAGGCGAAGUAGGAGAUGUGAUUGAAGGAAUUGAUGAGGAGGAGAAUGAAGCAAGGUUACAUGGGGAAAAUGAGAGUAGAAAAAACAGAGAGUUGAUGGAGAAAAUGGUGGAAGAGAAUGAGAAGAUGAUGAGAAUGAUGAAUGAGCUGUGCCAGAGAAACGAAAUGCAAACGCUGAUGCUGAAUUCACUGGCGCAGAGGGUGACGCAAUUAGAGAAAGCUUUCCUAUGUGAUAAGUUGAAGGCAAAGACAAAGAAAAAGAGGCAUACUGCUUAAAAACUGCUCUGGCAGAAGCCGAGCCAAUCUUGUUUGAGAGUGUUUCCAGUGACUUAGUAUUUCUAAUGAGCAAUUCGUUGAUUUUGUCUUUUUUUGUCUUGUUCUAAUCUUCUGCUCUUUCCUAUCUACCUAUGUCUGUAGUGCGACGUGUCUCUUGCUGAAAUUAGAGAAAUUGAUAGAUUGACAAAUUCUUUGGUUGGGUUCUUCUUCACUACAACUGUGAACUGGUCAUUAAAAUAACUGAUUUGCUUUAUCGAGAGCAAAGAGUUCAAACUCCGUGAAAGUGCCAAUUCGUCCGUCCACACUAGCCAACCAGCCAACCACGAUGACCAUUCGACAUAUAAUAUUGUUCAUGAUGAAAUUAUCCAAAGACGUCCAUGUAAGUCUUUCACUAUCUCCAAAUUGGAUGAAUUUCUGCUCUAUUUCGCCCUUUUACUCAUGUUUAUAUGGUUACAACUAUUCACAUUUGUUUCUUUUUUGUCAAAUAGUCAACGAGGUUGAGAAUGGAUUUUACUUACCUCAAGUUCGGAAAGAAGUUCAGUAGUAAGGGUUUUCCAUCAUAUUACUAGAUCUUAAUGCUUAUAUGAUCUUAUUCGAUAUCAUAGAUUUGACCAUCUACUUAUUCUUCCACUUCCUUUUACAUUGCUAUCUCAAUGUAUUUAAUAAUCAGUUGCUCAAUUCUUUAACUUUGUGUAAAAGUUAUUUGUCUUGAUUACUUGCGAACAACAUGAUUGCAGAGAAAUAGAACACCCAGCCAACCAUACAACUGGUGCCAGUAAGAACUUCUUAAAUGACUGAAUGAGUAUUUUUGAAAUACAGUUAUUACUUCAUCCUUUUUUGUUGAUUUUUUUUAACCAGACAGUUUUACCAUAUUGGAUAAUAGAAAACUAAAUACCAUCCAACAUGUGAUGGCUGAAUAUUUGAUAUUACUUUAUGAUAUCUGAGUCAUGACACCAAAGUGCUCCUUCUACAGACAUCAAUAUCUUUUUCUCUUUCUCUUUCUCUGUCUUCCUUGAGCGGUCCUUUGCUAUGUUCCAUAGAGGUCAAGUUUUUCAAAAGGUCAUAGGUUUUAGGUUGCCAGAUGAAAUAUUGAAACUCGUUUGAGGAGCUGAUGAUGUAUUUGCCCUAAAAAACAGGGAAUUACAAGUAUAUCCUAGAUUGCAUAUGCUGGUAAUACAGUUGGAAGUAUUUUCCUGCCAACUUUUGAAAUUAUGAGUUCAAAAUUUAAUAUAUGCUCAUAGUUUACUAAUUUACCACAUAUAUUCAUGCUCUAUGUUGAAAUUACUAGGUUGAGGGCGCUUAUGGCUCGACGAUGCAGUCUUAUGGAAAAUUGAAAGGACUGCUGGAAGAUUAGCUUCAAAGCUUGAACUUUCACUUUCAAUAUAGUCAAAAGAAAUGCAAAUGGCGUCACUCCAGAAUCCACAUUGAUUGUUUUGAAGUGAAGGGGCUUUGCCUACUAACUAGGAGCUUCAGUCACAUGAAGAAGUGUAAGUUCUUUGAUAUUAGUUGACUUGAAAAAGGUAUUGCAGAUCUGAUGCUCCUGUUGAUAUUUUUUCCCUGCUCUGUGGAACUUGAGUUUCAUGCGUCUUUGUUUCUGAGUUUGAACAGCUUAGGCAAUAGACAAUUGUUAUCUCCUGGUUGAAUUUCUACUAUUGUUGUAGAAGGUUGUAAAUUUUUUAUAAUUAAGUGAUUUUUAGCUAGACGGUAGAUUUACAUUAGUCUCAUUUUCAACAUUGAAAAUGGCAGAAACUAAUUUAAAAUUUUGGUGUAAGGUGAUGCCCAUGUUAUGAAGAAAUCUUUAACAGGAGUAAAAGAAGGGGUACAUUGCACCUAGUUGUUGAACUAAGUGAUAUUGAGAAUGAAGUUAUAGUGAAAUUUGUUGACGCCUUACAACUGAUCUUGAGAAUGAAGUUAUAGUGAAAUUUGUUGACGCCUUACAACUAUGUUAAGACAUGAUGCAAUAUAGGUGUCUAAUUACUCAAUUUGCUCAGCAACCAUGUCUUACAACAAGAAGAUGAUAGGAUAAAAAGAUGUGGAUGAAAAUAUUCUACUACAGAUUAUAGGUAGACCAAGAAGAACCAGAAGUGUCAAAGUGCAUUGGGUUACCUAUAAACUCAACCAUACAAAAUGCUUCUUUAUUAUGUGAGGAUAAGAAACAACACUGGAAGACUGGUAGCAUAGGAAAGACAACAGAAGGACUCAAUAGUAGAAGAACAAGAGAAAUGGUAGAAGAAAAUGGGAGAUAUAGUUCAAUCCCAAGAAGAAACUAUUCUAGCUGCUCAUUUUCUGAGUUAUUAAGACGAGUUUACACAUAAAACUAUGGUAGUCAAGGUAUUUAGUGGUGUAUUCUGAUAUUGAAUUCACUUUGUAGAGUUUUUCAUUAUACUUGGAGCAUUUUUUGCUUAAUUUCUACCCCAAUAAAUUUUAAACUUUAAAAAAGGACUUUCAUAUUACCUAUUGUGUAAGGUAUUGAUAAUAUUUUUUAUUGUGCCUUACCUCUUCAGAUUUUAUUAACAUUGAGAUACAGUUUUUGCUGUGCAUUUCGACAUUAGUCACAUCAAAGUACUAGAUACAACUUAUUUUAACAUAACUUAUCUUAAUUACAUGAUACUUCGGUACUUUCAUAAGUGCAAUCUGUUGGGGUUGUUAGUAAUUUGUUGAACAUUUCUACGUGAGAUUUUGUUGUAUGUUCAAACUGGGACUUUGUCAGGAUAAAAGGAAUCAGUUGGGGGUGGGCAUAAUCAUUUAUGUGGAGACUCUUGUCACUUAUUUACCUCUUGAUAUUCUUAAAUUUAUCGUCUCUUAUUAGGGUUGCCUUCACGACUAACAAGGAUUUGAGAGGUUGACAAUAACUACAGGUGAAGCCGUGCAUAGAAUUUGCCAGGUGAAAUAUAAUAAGAGAGAAUUACUGGGAGGAAAAGAAUAUAAACCCCUUACCCCAACCAAAGUAAGAAAGAAAUGUGUUAUAUUUUGAUAGAACUUUUACUGAAAAUUUUAUUGUAACAAGAGCCAUAUUACAAGACUGAGCGCUUUGCGCCCUUACCACCAGCAACACUACAUUGUCGAAGUAUAAAGAAGCAAUUUGGGUGAUGAUCAAGGUCUUUUUGCUGCUGAAAUUCAGUCUCCACUUCACCUCGGCAAAGGAUGAUAACAAUAUUGAGUCAAAUCUUGUGUUGUGUUGAAGGACGAGCACUGGAAGAAGAAAAUAUUAUUGGAGUAUCAGUAGUUGUAUAUACAGUUAAAAUAAUUGUGAUUUUUUGGUUGAUACAUAGUUUCUGUUAUAUAAUAUUAUAUGUUUGCACUU